UCCGCGGGCCCACGAGAUUAGGGUUAACGAAGGACUCUUUCAUUCGAGCGUUUGGUGUGUGGCGGCGUGGUCCUAACUGCAGUUCGACUAUUUGUGUUGGUCUUCUCUUUGUCGUAGCAUAGAUUGCGGUGGCCUCUGUGAAUUCCAUUACAGUUGUUGGUGUGAUAUAAACCGCAGAACCUCAAUGGAUUUCGUCAUAUUCGUGUUUCCUUCUUGUCUGUUUCCGGUUCUCAUAAGUUUGUGAAAUUGAAUGAGGGGAUCAAAAUGUAACUUUGUUCGCUUGACACAGUCAGUACUAAGGGCUACAGUGUUCUCAUUACUGUAACUGAUCAACGAAAGAUUUCUUCUCAUAGUCGUUAUGGGAGUCAUGCGCCUUCUGAAAUCUCUCAUUUUAUCCUGUCACGUUUCUGUGACUAUUGUAAAUCCCAGGAUUUUUAGAUUUAGGUAGGUUGUUCCUGGACAUAUCCAGUGUGAUUGUUCAGAAAACUUCAUUCUCUGUCCAAAUGCUGGUAUUUACACAAUCGUAUUAUUCAUUUGCCCGAGUAUUUAUCAUGGGAGCGUCAAAAAGGGAAACUCCCAUGAUUUUCUUCGAGUGAGAAAAUAUUACCCUGUGGAUUCAUGACUAUUUGUCGUAAGAUUGUGUGGUAGAAACAAGUGUUUCCAUCGUGCCUAAAUGACUGCUGGGUUUUAGUUAAUUUCGUAUGAAUUAGUUUGUUAACUGGUCUCCGGUGUGAAAAUUACUGCAUGACACCACAGUACAUAAAGACCGUUCAGUGUGUGAUGUAAUCUCAGCAUAAUACUAAACUUAUCGAGCAGCGUAAUCUAAAGAGAAAGGCAAUAGGGUGUUAACAUCUGCUUCAUAUUUUGUUCUAGAUCUCGCCAUUUCUACUCACUACUACAUUUGUUCUAUUUUCUUCUGAUACGACUUGAGUAGGUCUAUUCAUUCAGUUUUGUAGAAAUUGGUUUUUACAGUCCUGACGUAUGUAUGUAUAUACUGUGAGUAAAAUUUCGUUCCCACUCGCAAUGAUUUCGGUAAUUCUUAUUUAAUUUAGUUAGAGAAAUUGUUUAUUGGCAUGAGCCCAUGAAGUCGGGUAUUGUUGCAGCCGUUGGGCUGACAUUACUCUUAAGUCUGUCAUCCAUGUCCCUGGUCUCUUUUAUCGCCUACAUCGGAAUUGCGAUAAUGUGCUGCACGACGGCUUGCAAGCUUUAUGGUUUUAUUACGCGUCAAUUCAAAUCAAAUCAGGAUUCACCGAAAAACCCAUUUGAAUUUUGGCUUGAAUUGGAGAUGACUUUACCUGGAGAAAAAAUUGGCGAGCGUGUCGCAGCCUUGUGUGAAAAAUUGUCCGAAAAGUUGAAUUAUUUACGUCGCGUAUUGUGGUUGGAAGAUUACUUUGAGACUGUAAAGUUGGUUGUGUGUUUAUACCUACUUUCCGUAGUAGGUGCUUGGUUUAAUUUGCUUACCCUGAUAACUAUAGCAUUUGUUCUCGGGAUGACUUGUCCUAAAAUAUAUUUAUUAUGCAAGCCCCAGUUUGAUGCGGCAUUCCAAACAACUAAGGAGAAAAUCUUCAGUAUGCUUAAAUUCGCUGAAGCGAAAGUAUCAGGGCUUCGUGGGAAGCCUUCUACAGAAUAAUUUUGUAAAAGUGACAAGUCAUCAAGCCCAACUCAUCCAAAGAUACAUCACAUUCUAUGUACUAUUUCAUUCCUUCGAUGUCUUCCUGUUCAUCAUUCGAAACCGUCGAGCACUCAUCAGAUCAGAUAGACAGUGUUGACGUUAGAAUGGCCGUUUAUCAACGGAUGUUUCAUGACACUUCCGCUUCUUUGUCUUCGCCCUUUUCUUCUUCUUCUUCUUCACAUGUAUCCCAGUCUGAUGAGAGAUAUAUGUAUAAUUGUGUGUCAAUAAAGCGAUUGCAAUUG